AUGACAGGCGUAUAUAUACUCGGUCGCGGCUCGGAGGGGUGGUACUUUCCUCCCUGCCCCCAUCCACGCCCGCCCGCCGUCCGUUCUUCCCGUCGCCCCGGCCGCCGGCGCCGCCGCACUCGACACCCGCCAACGACUGCUCAGAAAGCUGGUCGAGCGUUGCUGCAAUCAGAGUCCGCGCUUCGUUCUGCUCCAACAUGCUCAUUCCGCACGCCCAUCAAGCUGUCUGAGCCUGCGGUCAUUCCGCUGGCUCUCCAAGGCCCGAAACACGCGAAAUCGACAUCAAUUGCGCCGAGGUCCGCGCCGGUAGCUCUCGCUGACCGCCGCGACGAUACUCGGAGACAGACGGAGGAGGGUUGGGGUCGGCGCGAGGCGGCGCGGAGCGCCGCUGCGUUGCAGGCGCCUUCGGUGGCGGGAAACAUCGCAAAUUGA